AUGUCCAUAAUCGGAUCAUACCCACAGAGUGAUUUAAUUGAACAACAUCCUCUCAUUCGAUUAGUGAAGAGAUUAGCAGGCAUUGGCAUGGAAAGUGCACUUGUAAAAUUACCAUCAACAGCCAUGUUUAAUGCUAGGUGUAUUCUACAAACCUCAGCAGCACUCCCAAAGUUACAUGGGUAUAGCUUACAUAAGUCUGCAGAUAUUUGGAGUAAAAUUGUUGAAGAUCAGGGAAUAUUAUCUGUUUGGAGAGGUUAUCCAUUGGAUGUGAUGAAGAGUAUUAUUCAAUUCUUUUUAAAUCCAUUUGCUUUUGCUAUUCAAAGAAGGAUUGUUCCGAGAUUUAAUCCGAAUCAGGAUUUUGUAAAAUUCUAUUUGAGUAGUAUUGGAGGAGGAUAUUUAACGAGUGCGUUUAUACAAACAUGUCUUAGACCUUUGGAAUAUUGUAGAGUUAAAUUAGCUUUGGAUACUAUUGGAAAAAGAGAAUAUACUGGAGCUUUGGAUGUUAUUAAGAAAACUGUUAAGGGACCUAAUGGAAUUGCUGGUAUUUAUUCUGGAUUUUCUGUGGCUCUUGUAAAAACUCUGGUUUACAGAAUUUCAUACUUUGCUCUAUAUGAUUUAUUGAGAGUUAUUAAUCCAUAUUCAUAUGAUCGUGAUGCACUUGGAUUGUUUACUAGAUUGUUUACCGGUCAAUUUGUUGCAUUGGCUAGUUUGACUUUGUGUUUCCCAUUUGAAGUUGUUGAAAGAAAGAUGCAAGCUCAAGCAGACAAAGAGGAAAGUGAACGCUGCUACAAAGAUGCUAUUGAUUGUUUCAAGAAAACUUACAAGGAGGAAGGAGUUGCAGGCUUCUUCCGUGGUCUUCAAAAUAAUCUUGCCACAACCAUUGGUACUACAGUUGCCUUGUUUGUAUCAGAUAUGUUGUUCAGGUAA